AUGCGAUUUAGAUAUGUUUGGAAAGAGGGGUUUUCAGACGAUGGAUACCUGUACAUGGAGGAUGAUUCCAGGCGCUACAAAGGCUUUGGAAGCGCGAGACGAAAUCUCGCCGCUCUGCGCUUUGUGAACAGGACGUUUCGCCGUUGCGCCUCGCCCUGGCUUUUUCGACACAUUGAUGCUAGGCAUAAACAACAGGCGGAUAUGUUACCCCUCGAACGGCUCAAGAAAAUAUCGGAAAGCAAAUAUGCUAAGCACGUGCGUCAAAUUGAUAUUGGAUUUGCUCCGGAUAUCGUAUAUGCCGGCAAUACCCUUUAUGACUGUGUAAUGUACGUAGGAGAUCUCCAGGGGCUACUCGGAAGCUAUCUAGCCCGAUUUCCCUACAUCAAAGCACUCGAGUUCCACGAGCCACCUCCUGCUAUGGAUAAAGACCACAGAACAAUCUAUAUCCACACGGUUGUUUCAACCCUGCGUUAUGUGAGGUUCCCCAAGCUGGAAGAACUAGAGAUUAAAUUCCCCAUUGGCGAUGAUUUCAUGUUGUUCGAUCCAGACCAGCAAUUCUUUCAGACAAAUUCUUUGCGGAUACCCAUAUAUAAGGUGCUGACACGAGUACGUCAUCUCGGUUUGCAUUCAUGUGCAUAUACAGCCGGGGUAGAAGGAGAAGAAGUACCCGAGUUGAUUACACCGGAAUAUGCUACUUUUCCGAGCUACAUUUACUCAAGCAAGAUGUUCAACAUGAUCAACCAGACCUGCUCCCUUGAAUCACUCACUAUAUCUUCCCAGGAUAUUGUGAAACUCACUGAAAUGCCCAUUUCCCACCUAUCUAAACUUCGAUGUCUCCAUCUCGAAGGACUUACCCUUUCGCCCAAUGAUCUCCUUGGGCUGAUGGAUCGAUGCCAGGAGACAAUGAGAUACAUAGCUCUAUUCAAUGUCAAGCUGAGAGAUAAAACAUGGUAUUAUGCGCUGCUGAGAAUAUGCAAGUUACGCCAUCUUCUCGACAUUCAGAUGGAACAUUGUGGAUAUUAUUCGCUAGGAGAGAGUGCCCAUCUGGGGCACGAUAUUCCCAACGAAAACAUCUUCCAACAGAUUGAAACAAAUAGUCAGUAUGACAGAAGCGCACUGGGUACUUUACAGCGGCAGGUAAAUAAGAAUCGAGUCGCUGUGGGGUAUAAGCCGUUCUCACAUGAGAGAUAUCACUGGUGCCUCGAACCGCCUACGGGGCUUAAACGUGAUCCGUAUGAGCGGUCAGAUAACGAAUACUCGUGCGAUGAUUACUCAGGCGAUGAGAAAUCCGGAGCAUGA